AUGGCUCGGUUCGAAUUCUUCCUCCUUAUAAUGGUCAAUUAUAGCGAAGACUUUGCCUUAACGACAUCGAAAAGAGAUAGAUUCUUUGUUGAGACUUUCAAGCGUACCGCGUCUUAUGUGAAUCUAAUUUUCGAGAUGGUCGCGAUUCUUUUAGCCAUUGCAAGGGCAGGCAACUCUGAUGAGCAAACUCACGAUACAAGUUCCUCGAAUGAUGUUGAGGUGAAGUAUGUCGACUUUUUGGAUGUGGAGAGCUUCGCAAAGAACGGCACUCAUUUUUUCGUCAUGUUGACGGGGCAUGAUUGUUAUCACUGCAACCUAGUGCUUGAGGACAUGGAGGCCAUAAAGAAAGCCUUGAAGGAAGUUGUUCCACCUUUGCUGUUCCUUGUGGUGAGCUUUUUUUGCAAAGUCCAGAUCUUAAAUGAUUUGAAGUUUGUUUUUUGCAAAAAGUUCUGCAGUUUUCGCCGAGGAGUUAGUCCUAUUUUAACCAUUCGUUCAAAGUGUGUCCAUCAGAGCCUCUUAGGGCCGACGCAUUAUCAUCCCCGCUGGGGAGGGUCUCAGCUUAGAAGCAAGCUUAAUAUCUUGAAGCUCCAGAUAUCCAUAUUUCACGCUGUCUACCUAUCCACAAAUAGUCCUACUAUCCUACACUGUGAACAUAUUGAACAGGUGCGAGAAGCUGUACAAACCGCAUUUUUCAGCUUUUGUAUAAUUUUCAUGAUCCCCGGGGGAUGACC